AUGAAUGAAUUUACCUGGAAGGAUGUUGUCAAUGCCUUAUCCCUGGCCAACAUGAUCCUGGGGCUCUUCUCCAUCUUCUGCAGCUUCUGCAAGAAAUGCUCCUGCGCCUCGUGGAUGGUUUUGGUCAGCUUUCUAUUAGACAUGGCUAUCGGGUCAGCAACCAGACACCUGAACAUCUGCUCCAAAUCUGGAACCGAACUGAAUGACUUCGCAGUCUUCACCACCUUCGGCCUGGCCUCAGCCCUGCUUCUAGGCGUGGAUGGACCUCUGAAUGGGUUACUGGCCAUCAUCUAUGUGUUAGCUAUUUCAUUCCGCCUCUGCUUUUAUUCGACAGGCAUUCCUUUCACAUACAAGGGUCUACCCUGCCCCUAUGCUUCCUGUGUUUUGGCUUCCACCUCCCUCCUGACCAAAGGCAACACAUUCAUUCUCUCUUGCAUGGCCUCACUCAUGAUUCUGUUCAUGAUAGACCAGAGCUACUACCCACAUGAUGAAAUCCUGGAGUCUGAGAGCUGGAAAAAAAUGGUCUAUCUGGGAGGUGUGAUCAUGCUGUUUUUGUGUCCGUUCUCGAUAACUGCUUUUUACUGCCUGACGUGGUCACUCUCCUACAUCUUCUUUCCAGAUGCUCUGUGGGGCAGGGCAGCAUGUCUUAGGCCGCAGUACUGA